GUCACGUCUGCGCAUGUCCACUCUUGCAGUACACGUGAAGUCCUAGAGGAGCUCGGCUCUGAUGUCGAAAGCUAAACAGAAACGCGCCAAACGUCUCGGCUUCCUUGGAAAGUUUAAGACUAAAGAUGCACAAAAGGGCGAUGCUUCAGGGCGGACAAAAGGUUCACACCAGUCAGCUGUUCAGCAGGUCAAAGACCACAGAAAACCAGAAGAAAUCCGGAAGCAAAGGCUUCAGGAACUCCAAGAGAAGCAGAAAUUGUCUAGAGAGCGAGAGCUGAUGAAGAGGAGGAAUCUGCAAAGCUUUCAGAAUGACAUCCUACAGCGACAAAGAGAGUUUGAGCAGAGGGAGACAGAAAUGCAGAGUUUGGAGAAACAUGUAAACUUUGAAAAUGAAAAUUCAAGAAAAGCAUAUUACCGAGAAUUUAAGAAGGUGGUGGAGGCUGCAGAUGUGAUUUUGGAAGUUUUGGAUGCACGUGACCCUCUUGGCUGCAGAUGCCCUCAGGUGGAACAGGCAGUCAUUCAAAGUGGAACGAACAAGAAGAUAGUUUUAGUCCUUAAUAAAAUUGAUUUGGUGUCAAAGGAAAUUGUGGAAAAGUGGAUUAAAUAUCUUCGUAAUGAGUUUCCCACAGUGGCUUUCAAAGCAUCUACUCAGCAACAGACUAAGAACUUGAAACGCAGCAAUGUGCCCGUGACACAAGCCACCACAGAGCUUCUUAGUAGCAGUGCUUGCAUCGGAGCCGACUGCUUGAUGAAGCUACUCGGCAACUACUGCCGCAACCUGGAUAUAAAGACAGCUAUCACUGUCGGUGUCGUAGGUUUUCCAAAUGUGGGAAAAAGUAGUUUGAUCAACAGUCUGAAACGAGCUAGAGCUUGUAAUGUUGGAGCCACACCUGGUGUCACAAAGUGUCUUCAAGAGGUACAUCUGGACAAACACAUUAAGCUUCUGGACUGUCCUGGCAUCGUCAUGGCAACAUCAACAACUGAUGCAGCGAUGAUCCUACGAAACUGUGUGAAAAUCGAGCAGCUCGUAGAUCCGCUCCCACCUGUUGAAGCCAUCCUUCGACGGUGCAACAAGGCACAGAUCAUGGAGCACUACGGCGUCCCAGACUUUCAUACAGCUCUGGAGUUUUUGGCUUUGCUUGCUCGGCGGCAAGGCAAACUGAGAAAGGGUGGGCUGCCUGACAGCGAUAAAGCAGCGAAGAGUGUGUUAAUGGACUGGACAGGGGGGAGAAUCAGCUACUUCACACAUCCUCCAGAGACACACACUCUUCCUACACAUGUCAGCGCUGAGAUUGUCACAGAGAUGGGUAAAGCGUUUGAUUGGGAUGAGCUGGAAAAAGGAAAUCAGGAGGUUCUUGCAGAGUCAUCCUGUCCUGAUGUCCAAAUGGGAUUCUGCAUGGAAACCACUGGAAUGACACAAGGAGGUCAGUGUGACACACUGGAAAUGGAAGGAGGGUCAGUGGAAAAACCUGAAUUUAAAGAGGAAACAGAAUCUAUGGAGGAUGAUCAGGAUCCAGAGUUUGGACCGAUGACAGUGGAAAUAAAAUCACAGCAGAAAACUGACCUACCUGCAAGCGAUGCUGCAGCCAGAGCUCCAGAUCUGAAGGACAUCCUGAAUGUAGAUCCUCUACAGCAGGGGCAGGCACUCCUGGCAGCCAGCAAGAAGAGGAAAAAGCAACAAAAAAGAGCUGACAAAAUUGCCACGAAACUCUCGGACACACUGACAUCUGCAAUGGACUUCUCAUUUUCAGAUAGCUGAUUAAAAUAAGAUUAAAAUAAAAGUUUUUAGGAGUGCA